CAUCAUGCUGCGCUAAGAACUGUUAAGGAGACAGGACCCCGUUUUCAUGUUGUAUGGAAACAAACACCUCCCGUUUUAGGGCGAUACGUAUGCGUUGAAAUAUUGUACAAUAUAAAGCUAAGUUUACAAUUAUUCGUGCGUCCUUACUUAUUCUUUGUUCCUGUGUUUCGGCCUGCAAGCUGACUGUCGCGUGCCAAAUCUAAUGUCUAGUGCUUGUCUGAGGUGGGCCCUGAGUCAUGCAUCUAGAGGUGUCUGUGGUGGAACCCUCAACUCCUGGAGAACAGCCUCUGGGGCUGGGCUCCUAUCAUACAAUGGGAGAUGUGUGAGUGCAUCGUUGUCUUGGGGAUGGUGUCCACUGUCCACCACAGUGGAUGAAACUGAAGAGGGGCAGGUGCCUAAGAAGAAGCAGGAUCCCCGAGCUCGUGCCACCAUUGGCAGUAUUGGCCGGAAGAUCCACCAGCGCCACCUGCAGGUGAUCAAUGAGAAUGACGAGAACAUGGGCACCAUGCAUCGAGCUGAUGUCCUCAGACUGAUGGACGAGAAUGGGCUUAAACUGGUCCCUCUCAACGAAAACAAAGAUCCACCCGUCUACCGUCUAAUGACUGGCAAACAGAUCCACGAGGAGCAGCUCAAACUGCGUGAGAAACAGAAAGCCAAGACAGGCCCUGUGCAGGUAAAGGAGCUUACCGUUUCCUCUGACAUUGGUAACCAUGAUCUUCUAACCAAGCUGAGGCAGGUCCAGAGCUGGCUGGACAAGAAGCACCAUGUCAGAAUCACUCUGAGAACAGGGCGUGUGGAACAUACACAGCCACUGGACACAACUCUGGAGCAGAUGGUGCAACAGAUAGAGGGGCUGGUAGGAUUUGUUUCCAAACCCAAAGUAAUCCGAGACGGUAGAGCUGCCAUGUGCAUCCUGCGUCCACCCUCAGUGAAGGAACUCAGAGACAUGAACAAAGCCUUCAUGGGGGCAGGUGUAAGGGCGCUGCUCUUCAUGGAAAGAGCUGAUGUUGCCCUGCAGGUUGAAAGGCGCACCCCUCCAUGGGACAGAUACACACCGGGCGCUUCUCUGCGUGGACACACUAGUGCUGCUUCAGGAACCAGAAUACCUCUCCUCAAAAACAGAAUGGAGUCAGCAGAGCUACAGUGGCGCCUAACCCAGCAAGAGGAGCAUAUGGCGGAAAUCUGCCGUCUUCUCCGCCAGCCUAUCCGUACUCCUCUGAUGCCAGGUAUCGUAACCCAUAGCCCUUCUUCAUUCAUAUCCAUGCCUGCAAAAUAUGACGGGAAAUGUCCGAGAUUUCUGAUGCAAUCUAGCAAAUACAUUGAGCACAACCCCACUAACUUCGCCACCGACAAGAGCAGGGUGGAUUUUUUUGUGUCUCUACUCACAGGCAAAGCCCUCGAUUGGGCCACUGCCAUAUGGAUUGCCAACAGCACAGAACUCGGACCUGAGACCCAUUUCCACACCCUCUUCAAAGAGGUAUUCGGUCACUCUCCUUCCGAUCGUCCUAUAGGAGACCUCCUCUUGGUACUUCAACAAGGACGCAAUUCAGCUGUCGAGUAUGCCCUCGAGUUCCGCACCAUGGCUACAGGGAGUGGAUGGAGUGAGGCUGCUUUACUUACUGUCUACUGAAGAGGGCUCAACAGGGAACUUCAGGCGGAGCUGGCCUGUAGAGGUGACCUUCAGUAUUUAAAUCAAUACAUUCGUAUGUCCAUCUCCAUCGACCGCCUCAUAGCCGACCGCUGAAGAACUCUGCCACCCAGGAUCCCGAAACCCUCAUUCCAUGAUUCCGUCAUCUCGUCCAAGUCUUUCAGAGCCCAUGCAGUUUGGCCGUGCUCCUCUCCCGUGAUUUGAAUGUCAAAGGCAGAUCCAAAAGGGAUCAGCCUAUAUUGUGGAGAGAAAGAUCAUCUACUCAGCCACUGCCCUGUUCGCCCCCCCACGGAGAGAUGAGAAGGGUCCCUCCGCUGCCAUGCAGGUAGGCAUUUCCUUAUUUCUAAAUAUCUCCCAGAAGCAAUUCUCCUUCCCAUUAUUGAUAACCGUGAAGGGGGUUACUAAGUACGUAGAGGGUUUGAUAGAUUCGGGAGCAGCAGGUAAUUGUAUCGAUCACCAGCUAGUACAAGAGCUUGACAUUGAUCUAAAACCUGUCACCCCUCCUUUUAAGGAUUAACACCAUGGAUGGGCAGCCUUUGGACAUGGGCUUCAUUACGCACCUGAUACAGAGCGUCACCCUCCAGAUUGGAGUCUUCCACACCGAAACCAUUCAACUCAUGGAACUCUCAUCCUCGGACACCCCUGGCUUUGUCGUCACGACCAUGCCAUCUCGUGGCGACAAGGUGAACUACUGUCCUGGUCUUCUACCUGCUUCACCAGUUGUCUCAGCCUACCCUGCAGAGCUACCACCAUUGAGGACUCUGCCUCCGCAGUGCCACCCACCAUACCAUCGGAAUACGCCCAGUACAGCAAUGUCUUCAGCAAAAUCCAGGCCUCCACUCACCCAGGGGACUGUGCUAAUGACUUACUCCCUGGAGUAUCCCCACCGAAGGGCCGUGUUUACCCCC